UUUCAGAGAAUCAAUUUUUACGAAUUGCGCAUUUCACGUUGAAUGUUAUUCUUUUAUUAACUUGAUUUAUGAUUCAUACAAAUCUUGUUAUUUGUAUUUAAAUUUGUAAUUUAUAUUAUUGCUCUACUAUUAAUUUUAUGAAUUACGUAACGACUGUAGUUAUGACAUUUUCCUUGAUAGUAAGGAUAUUUUCAAUAGUAUUCUGAUAUAGAAAUACUACAAAUUAAUCGUUAUCCACAGUGACCGAUGUUCGACCCCGUGUCCAGUACGUAUACUUAUCUAUUGGCCGACAUCAACGAUAAGACCGCGAUUUUAAUCGACCCGGUCAUCGAAUGGGCAGAACGAGAUAAAACCAUUAUUCAGGAAUUGGGAUUAACGUUAAAAUAUGCUAUAAAUACGCAUAUGCACGCUGAUCAUAUCACCGGAACAGGAAAGUUGAAGAGUUUGUUACCUGGUUGCCAGUCAAUGAUAUCACGUAGCAGCGGCGCUAAGGCUGAUAUACUCUUGAAUCCGGAUGACCAAAUAAGCUUUGGCAAGCAUAAUUUACUGGUGUUGCCUACUCCCGGACACACCGAAGGUUGCGUUACCUACGUAUGCUACGAACAAGGUAUAGCAUUCACAGGCGAUACUUUGUUGAUACGCGGAUGUGGACGAACAGAUUUCCAGGGUGGCUCGGCGGAAGUCUUGUACAAUUCAGUUCAUUCGAAAAUCUUCACGUUGCCAGCAAAUUUCAGACUGUAUCCUGCCCACGAUUAUUCUGGUAGAACAGUAACCACGGUGGCCGAGGAGAAGGCCUUUAAUCCUAGAUUAUCCAAAUCCCUAAAUGAAUUUGUCGACAUAAUGAACAACCUUAAUCUGGCGUACCCAAAAAUGAUCGACAAAGCUGUACCGGCGAACAAAGUUUGCGGUCUAUACGAAGUUGCCAAGGAACAGAAACCAUGAAGAGACGAACUGGCUGAUAUUUUUACGUUCAUCGAUCGGCUUGUUGUUAAUUCGAUUUGGUCGUUUUGCGUACGAUAAUAGCGCAUAAUAUAGAAGAAUAUCGCUUGUAAUAGUAAUAUAGAAGUAAGAGUAAUAUAGAAGUAAGAGUAAUAUAGAGGAGUAGCGCAUAGUAUAGAAGAGUAAUAUGGAAGAGUAAAAAUAAAAGUAACAAUCUAAAAGCGAAACGAGGUGGCCCAUCGUUGUUAAUUAACACCCUCGACCUGUUUAAUUUUGAAAUUUGCGCUAGUAUUAAAAUUAAAAUUAAAAUUCCGCGUAAAGAAACGCAACGUCAUUUCCAACCCUUUUGUUCUCGUUAAACGCUAUGGCCACGUCUUCUAAAUAACGUAUGCUAAAUUUUAUACACUAAUUAAAUUUCCACCCGUGCACAGCGCAGGUACCCUGAACUCGACGCAUAAUUAUAAUUCAAAAUAAUUCCAACCGUAUUUAUCGCACCGUACCAACCGAGCGUGUUCUUAUUUCUCGACCGAAUCAGCCAUAGUUCUACCGUAAACGCGUUAUCGUAACGUGCUAUCUUGUACAAAGGAGAUUUUACAUUAGCAUAGGUAAAUACGUUGAAAGAAUUAAUCGGCGUGCGAAAGUGGAUAUCAGCGGCGAUGAAAAGAUAGCGCUGGUUAAAAUUUCGCCGAUUUUACGACGUCCCAUCCACUCAGCUACUUUGACGUUUAUAGGUGGGCUGAUUUUCUGAAGCACGCGAAACGAAACGUAAGACGGUAAUAGAGAUGGAGGCUGCUGUAAUCGGGUAGUUUAAACGGGCUGUCUUGUCGAAACUCGGGACGAAGAGACCCCCAUGGUGUGCCGCUGGUUUCUACUGCAUAGCUGAGGGUUGAAAUCGAUACCGUUUCCAGGGUAACCGGUGGGUACGGUGGCCGACACACGGGCAAAGGUAUGGGCCAAGGCUAUCUGCUCGUGCGUUUUCAUGCUCUUCUGAAAAAAAAAAAAAAGAGGAGGAAGAAACGGACAGAGACGGUUAGCGGGGCGAGGAGGAAGAAAAACAGACGAAGCCACGCGGAAUGUGUAAUUUCUCUGGGUCCGAUGGCUUAGACGGAAAAUAGAGAGAAGUCGAACGCACGGGGUAUGCGGUUGGUUAACAAAAAUGAAAUGUCAAGAGACGUUAAGGCGUACAUACCUACGUGCACGCUUCUCUAAACCGUAAAAACGACAAGAGCCGGGAAGCGAGCGGAUGCAACGAAACAGUGUUGGCAAUUCGUCCGGUUUAAAGACUCGUUGAUGUGCAGAUAUAUAUGCCGCUCACGAUAUUUCAUUCUGUACCGUUUGAUUUUGUCUUCGUGUAACUCGUCGUUCCUCUUGGCCUCGCCUUCAUUACGCAUUAUAGACGUAUGAAAGUAUUAGAGACGAAUAUAAACGAUGUCAUAGCGUUGUAUAUUACACUUUGUGUAUUAAUAGGGCUAUUACGGGCGCGUAUUAGCGACGAUAUUAUGUAAAUGUACAGUAAAAAGGUAGUAGCCCCUGAAACGUUACAACUCUAUCGUCUUUAACGUUUGGAUGUUCAUCGGCGGAUACAUAAUUCGAAUCGAAUCGCUUCUUUUUUAGUCGCACCCAUUUCUCAGCAUAAUUAACCACUAUCGUAGCGUACAAUUGCAUUAGAUUGAUUUAUACGUUAUAUCGUACUAGGCUAGCCUGCUAUCGGCUGAUCGUAGGUACGUCAUGACAAUAUUUAUAUCAACAAUAUUUAUAAUGGACAUGCUAUUUGUGACAAAUGUCGAUUACAUUGCUGCACUAGAUCGUUGCGGGUGGAUUAGCUGCAGAAAGUUCGCGUCAAACUGAAUCAUUGCUUCGUGUUUUAACGCAUUAACUACUACUAACCUGAUGUUACGUGUUUCUACAGUUAAGGCUGGAUAGAUCAAUUAUCGACGAAAUCAACAAAGGAGAAUUUUUUCUAUCAUUCGAAUUAAAUAAAAAUAGGCGAUAAUAGACGACAGUAUGUGAAAGCAAACUUUUCAAAUUCUUCAGUAACGCGCAAUUUCUCCAAAUCGUCAAACUGAUCGACCGACCUUAAAAAUAUUCGACGAUGUUUCCUUUCAAUCAUGCGCAUGUAUAGCGAGCGCGGAUACCACGUUUAUUCUGGUUUCCUCUUUUUUUUCCCUGUUUGAAAUCGAAACCCGAGGUGUCAGGCGACUGCGACGGAUGACGCGCCAAAUUCUGUCAUCGCUCGGUAUUAGCCAGUUCUCUAUUCGUUGGCUGGACGAUUCGGUUCACCGUAUUAAAUACUUGAAACGCUUGAAAUAUAGACGGAUUGAAUUUAUGGUUUAACCGAAUAUUUAUGCAAUUAUGCGUUGUUAAUCGUACACCGUAUUCGGAAUGGUAAUGAGUACUGUACGAUUCGGUCAAUAUUUAUUACAUAUGUUAAAACGCGAUUAUUAUUCGAUGAUACUAAUGUUAUCAAUUUAAUCUUAUUAAAUUUUAACGAUACGUGGAUAUCUUAAUUAUAGUGUAAAUUACUUUCGCGAUAUAUCGAUUCGGCAUUUCAGUUUCUUCUUAUUUUGUACAUUUCAUCGACGUUGUAAAUUUUUAUUGAAAAAAAGAAAAAAAGAAAGGGGAGAAA